UUUGUUAGAGGCAAAGAUGGCGGAUGGUGGAAGUGAGUUCGACGAUGAGGAAUACGAAUAUGAAUAUGUGGAUGAAGAAGAACAAGAGGAAGAGCCGCCAAAAGCAGCUCCUCCAACAAAAGAUUCGUCUCCCCCAAAAUCGCCAAAAAAAGAAAAAGAGCCAUCACCUCCAAAAUCACCAAAAAAGGAGAAAGAAGCCUCUCCACCAAAAUCACCAAAGAAAGAUGUUAGUCCUGAUAAAUCUCCUGUUGGCAAACGAAAAGUCCGUACUCCUCGACAAUCAAUGGAGGAAAAACCAAAAGUAGAAAAACCCAAAAAAUUAGACGAACCAACAGUUAAUGAAGAAAAAGAAAAUAGUUUGGCUGUUGAUAAUAAUAAUUUUGUUGAACCAAAAAGUCCAUCAGCAGCUUCAGUGACUGCAGAACCCGGAAAAUCCUUUCAAGAAAGGAACAUUUCUGUUUCUGCUCUCAAAAAGCAGCAAAUGUAUUCUGGGGGAAAGCCUAGCCGUCACGAUAAAGCAAAGCUUAUGCGUUCUGAGGGGAUAAUACCAAUUCAAGCAGGAACAAAUAAAUAUGCAUCCCAAAAGGGAAUGACUGGUUUUGGUGCUCCCCGUGAUGUUGUUAAAGAAUCAAAAGUAAAAUCUGAAAAUUUGGCAGAAAUAACGGAUGAAGCAAAAAUAGCUUCAUUAAAAGGGUCAAUUUGGUUACAAUCUGGUACUAAUAAAUUUGCUUCACAAAAAGGAAUGACUGGAAUGGGGACACCCAGAGAUGUUAAUUAUCGACCUAUGGGGACUGGAGGAGCUGGGGAUGUUCCUGAAGAGAAGGCUAGAUUGACUGAUGGAAUUGUACCUUUACAAUCUGGAACAAAUAAAUUAGCAUCACAAGCUGGAAUGACUGGAAUAGGAAUGCCUAGAAUUAUUGAUGUUCGUAAAACUGUUGAUCAAGAUAGAGAAAGUCAAGGAUUUAUACAUCUACAAAUGGGAACAAAUAAAUUUGCUAAUCAAUCUGGAAUGACUGGUUUUGGUAUGCCUCGACGUGAAAUAACAAAAUAUAAAGAUGAAAUUCGUGGUGAAAUGCCUCAUGAUGAAUCUACAAUCUCACGCCAAACAUCUGGAUGGAAAGAUGGUGCUAGCCAGCAAGGAAUGACUGGAUUUGGGGCUUUCCGAAAUAAUACUUUAAAUCAAUUACAAAAUCAAGACCAAAGAUCGCAAGGAAUGAUUCCAUACCAAAUGGGUGUCAAUUUCCUAGACUCCCAAGCAGGCAAAACUGCUUUUGGAAUGCCUCGCCGAACAUAUACACCUUAUGUUGACGAUUCACACGAGGAUUUGCCCGCUGAUAUUUCUAGAAGGCCUGAAGUGCCUUUUUGGUCUGGACAAGAAACCGAUUUUGCGAAUCAGCAAGGAAUGCUUGCUUUUGGAACUCCCCGAGAUGUUCGUGGAGAAUAUGUUAGACGUAUGUGGUGA